AAUUUUCUCAUUGUUGCGAGAGAGCAUCCGCGGCUCGGUCGCGCUCUGCACCACCGACCGAUCUCCGAUUCCGCCGCGUGGGAGGCGCCGAAAAUAAUUAUUGUAAAAUCCUUUCUCUCUCGUGAUUUACUGCCGCCGCAACGCGCAUUACAUCCGAAAGAUCAAGGUCCACAUUCGAAAAAUUCUUCUUUCCCUCAUCCCAGAUAAGAUUAUUUUAGUUUCGAGUCAUUCACUUUUUCAACGCUGCGAAAUGCACACCGUCCCGCACCUCAUCGCCGUUGUGGCGGCGGGAUUGUUGCUGGCGGUGCGAGCCCAGCAGGACCCGCCGAGACUCUCCUGCCAACCCGGAGACCCGCAACCCCCGUCCAGGGUCAACACCACCGAAAGGGUCAAUGCCCUCCGCGGACUGAUGCAAUCGCUCAACAUUGCGGCCUACAUCGUUUUGACCAACGAUGACCACCAAAGCGAAUAUGUGGCCGACUACGACGAGAGGCGGAGGUUCAUCAGCGGCUUUUCGGGAAGCAGCGGCUGGGCCGUGGUGACCAAAAACGAGUCGGCCCUUUGGACGGACUCGCGUUAUUUCCUGCAGGCCGACCAGCAGCUCGACUGCGACUGGAAACUGAUGCGCGACAGAAACGCAGGGGUUCCGAUGAUGGAGCAGUGGCUGAUCGACAACCUCAAAGCGGGCGACGUCGUCAGCGCCGACCAGAAAACGGUGCCCGAGUCGCAGUGGCAGACCUGGCUUAAGGCGUUUGAGCCUCAAGGGAUUGCGCUGCAAGUGAGGACAAACUCGAACCUGGUGGACCAAGUUUGGGGCCUCGACCGCCCUCCAUACCCUUCGACGCCCGCGCAGGUGCUGGACGAGACCCUUUACGCGGGCGAGACCUGGCGACAGAAGGUGGCCCGCGUGGCCGCUCAAGUGGGGGCCAGCGGCGGCCAGGCGACGGUGGUGGCCGCCCUGGACGAGGUGGCGUGGCUGCUCAAUUUGCGAGGCGCCGACGUGCCCUUCACGCCCGUCAUCAGGGCCUACCUGACCCUGGAGUUGCGACCUGCGGCCCAGGUCACUUUGUACGUGGCCAACUCGAAAUUGACCCCGGCAGUGAGGACGCACUUGGCCGAGGGACAAGCGGACGGGGUCGUCAUCAAGGACUACGAGCAGAUUUGGGACGAUCUGACCGCCCUGGGCAUCAGGGUCACCAACGUGACCCUCCCGAGCCGAUUCAGUUACAGCCUUGGCGUCAGCCAUGCUGUUUACGAAAGGUUUCCGAGUGAAAAAGUGAUUGAAAUUCCUGCCCCCGUCUCUGUGAUGAAAGACAUCAAAAACGCAGUGGAGGCUGCGGGAAUGCGAAACGCGAAUUUGCGGGACUCGGCCGCUUUGGUGAAAUUCCUGGCCAAGCUCGAAGCCGGGGUUCUGGCCGGCGAGUCGUGGGACGAAAUGCGAGCCGUGGCCGAGGUGGCCGCCAUCAGGGCUGCGAUGCCCCUCAGCCAGGGUCCCUGUUUCGAGUCGAUCUCGGCCAGCGGAGUCAACUCGGCCCUGCCGCACUACGAGCCGACCGCGACCACCAACUCGCCCGUCAACGCAUCCGCCGUGUACACCCUUGAUUCCGGUGGACACUAUUUCGAUGGAUCAACUGAUGUGACGCGGACAGUUUACUUUGGCACUCCGUUGCCCAUUCACGUCGAAGUGUACACCCGACUUUUGUCAGGGUGCAUCACCCUGGCGUCGGCCGUUUUCCCUUUGGGCACCACCCUGUCAGGACUGGACAUUUUGGCCAGGGGCGAUUUGUACAAGGGCGGUUUUGACUUUGGUCACGGCAUCACCCACGGCAUUGGCCACUUCCUCGCGGUUCACGAAGCUUUCAACACGACUUUCAACGAGAAUUUUUUCGGCUCUCAAGAGCCUGGAUUUUACGUUGACGACCAGUGGGGAAUGCGGCUGGAAAACAUCGUCACGGUGGAGAGGAAAAAUUUUACUGGCCCGUAUGCGGUGAACAAAACCUUCCUGCAAUUCGAUAUGGUCACAUUGGUGCCCUACGAGGUCAAAUUGAUUGAUCCGGGCCUGCUGACGGCCAAGCAGAUUGAUUGGCUCAACUCGUACCACGCCAGAGUCGCGUCCGAGUUGUCGCCCUUGAUCCAAGACGACCCGGUCGCCCUGUUGUGGAUGCAAGAGAGGACCAGGCCGCUCAAUUCAAUUUAAAUAGCUCUAAUGCGACGUAAAAAUAGCUCAAAAUAAAUACUUGGUGCACAAAUUUUAAAAACUUAAUAUUGGAAGAAAAUCCCAGGGAAUAAACAUUUCCAAACAA